AUGACCGAAGGGGAGGCACGCCAACUCUCGGAGACCAUGCUUGCUGGUUCAAGCCUUGCUUCAUCCCACUCCGCCGGCGUUGGCGCCACCACCACCACACCCGAGAGGUCUUCGCACCUGCCCACUAGUCUUGCAUCCACCAUGCGCAGCUUUACUCCCUCUGCCUCAACACCCAGUGCUCAGGUUUUCACCUUUGCCUGUACCACCUCUGCUGCAGCUACUGUCACCACCGUUGAUGUGACUGCCCCUUCUACCACCUACCACGCCGGCCCGAGCUCCUCUGUCUCUUCAUCCGCCCCCGUUUCCGCCUCAACCUCCGACUUCCAACCGGGUUUUCGACGCUCGGAGGCCGCCAAGUGCAGGCGUGUCUAUGGCGCAGUGAAUAAAAGUCGGUGGUGUAAGCAGUGCCGGUGGAAGAAAGCCUGUACUCGAUUUCAAGGUCCUUCUCCUCACCAAAAAGAUCCACCUGAUUUACCUUGA